GAACUAAAAUCAUUACAAGUUUGGACAAAGCAAUUAGUCGAACCAAACAAUGAAAGGCAAGAGAAAAUUGAGAACAAAGGAACUACAGAAUUAUCUUCAACGUAUUGUUGGAGAAUACAAACAAAUGACGGUUGUGAUAAAUUACGUGCAAAAAAAAAUUAG